GGGGGCCGCGCCCCCCAUCCCGCGGCGCUGCCGGGAGAGCAGGGAGGGGAGCGGGAGCCCGAGCAAGUCCAGCGUGGAGUCCAGUCCGCGUUUUGCGGGUGCGCGGGAGCGAUCGGGGCGGAGGGGGCGAUGGCUGCCGGCGCUGGCUCGCUCGCUCGCUCAUGCCAUGCUGGGCCAGCGCGGCUCCGGCAGACGUGUGUUUACCCAUAUCCGGGUUAGGGAGGAAAGGAGGAGAAAAAAAAAAGUUUCAUUUAAACCUGAACAAAAAAACUUUCAACGUGAAAUCACACAGCGGGAACGGGCACGGACCGUAAGGCGUUCUUACCAUUUCUAACCUCAACCACGGACUCGGGGAGGGAAAUCGCUGUAACUCGGUGCGUGCGGAGCGGUCCGCAGGGGAUACUCUGGGAUCAGUCAAGUCCCUGCCCCGGCCGCUUCUCCUUCUGCCCCUCUCCUCUCCUUCCCCCCACCCCUCUGCUCGCCCCCCAUUUUUCAGGGUGGGAGUCGAAUUUUUUUGUUUUGUUUAGUUUUUCAAUUUUGGGGUUUUAAAUUUUUUUUUUUUGUAGUUACUAUUAUCAGCACCAAUUUCUCCGGACUCGCAAUGUUGCGAUGAUCAUGGCCGCGCAAGUCGCAGCGGCUCCGGCGAGUGCGAACAACAGCAAGGGCAAAGCCCCGAGCCUGCCGGGCGGCCUGGGCCCAGAGCGAGGCCCGGGGGGGGCCGGGGCUCCCGGGCCGGGCCCCACACUGGGGGUCAGCGAGGGGAGUCCGGCCGGAGGCAACAGCGUGAAUAAUUUAGAUCACCAUCUCCACCACCACCACCGCAGCGAGCCGCCGAACAUGGCCAAUAACGCGGCUCCCGCCGCUGCCGCCGGUAACAACAACAACAACGCCAGCGGCGGCGGCGGCGGCUCCUCCUCGGAGCCGGCUCUGAAGGAAGGUGGAAGCUCCUCGGAGUUAUCUUCAUCUUCUUCGUCUUCUUCCUCCUCCUCCUCCUCCUCCUCCAACCCGGGCUCGGCUAUGGAGACAGGGCUGCUCCCCAACCACAAGCUGAAGAGCGUCGGAGGCGAUCACCCCGCCGCGCCGCCCCACCACCACCAUGCCCACCACCCGCAUCACCAUGCCCACCACCACCAUGCCCACCACCCGCACCACCACCACCAUGCACUACAGCAGCAGCUAAAUCAAUUCCCGCCGCCGCCGCCGCAGCAGCCGCCGCCUCAGCACCAUCCCGUGCAGAAUAACAACAGCAGCCUCGGCGGCGGCGGCGGCGGCAGCGGCAGCAACAACAACGGCGGUGGCGGUGGCGGCGCUGCUCAGCCCAGUGCAGACAUGGAGCAGCAGCAACAUGGAGGAAAAGACAGUGUUUUGGGCGCUCAGGCCGAGCCCCCCCAGCAGCCGCAGCAAAUGCUGAAUAAAGGCGCCGACGAGGAGGAGAUGCCCGGCAAGAUGGGCGAGCCCAUCGGCGGCCGCUACGACCACCCCGGCUUGGGACCCCUGGGCGGACAGCAGCAGCCCCAGCAGCCGCCCCCGAGCGCUGGGAGCGGCGGCGGCGGCCUCGGCGGCGGCGGCGGGAGCGGGGGAGGCGGCGGCGGCCCCUCCGCGGUGGGUGUCUCGGAGUUCAAUAGCUAUUAUGGCAACCCUGCCCCUGCCCCUGCCAGCAGCGCUACGGCGAGCCGCGCCGGGCCUUGCUUUGAUCAACAUGGCGGACAACAAAGCCCCGGGAUGGGGAUAAUGCACCCCACGGCGGCCCCCAACAGCAUGGACCCCCUGCAGAACUCCCACGAAGGGUACCCCAACAGCCAGUACAACCACUACCCGGGCUACGGCCGCGGCCCCAGCGGCGGCGGCGCGGGCGGCGGCGGCGGCGCGGGAGCCGUGGCGGCGGCGGCGGCGGCCGCCGGGGCAGGCGGCGGCGGCUACGGGGGCUCCGCGGCAGGCUACGGGGUGCUGAGCUCCCCGAGGCAGCCCGGCGGCGGCAUGAUGAUGGGCCCCGGCGGCGGAGCCGGCCUCGGCAAGGCUGGUGCCGGCGCGGCGGCGGCGGCCGGCGGAUUUGCGCGGUUCUCCGGGCAGAACCAGCACCCGUCCGGGGCCACCCCUACCUUGAACCAGCUGCUCACGUCCCCCAGCCCCAUGAUGCGGAGCUACGGCAGCAGCUACCCCGACUACAGCAGCCCCAGCGCCCCGCCGCAGCCCCAGCCCCAGGCAGCGGCGGCCGCCCCGGGAAGCCAGCAGGCAGCGGCGGGCAUGGGCAUGGGCAAGGACAUGGGCGCCCAGUACGGAGCGGCGAACCCGGCCUGGGCAGCGGCUCAACAAAGGAACCACCCGGCGAUGAGCCCCGGGAACACCGGGCAGGCCAUCAGCAGGACCCAGGGCAGCCCGAUGGAUCCGAUGGUGAUGAAGAGGCCGCAGCUGUACGGCAUGGGCAAUAACCCUCACUCUCAGGCACAGCAGAGCAGCCCCUACCCCGGGCAGUCCUACGGCCCUCCCGGCCCCCAGCGCUAUCCCGUGGGAAUGCAGGGCCGAGCCCCGGCAGCCAUGGGAGGAAUGCAGUAUCCACAGCAACAGAUCCCACCUCAGUAUGGUCAGCAAGGUGUGAGUGGCUACUGCCAGCAGGGCCAGCAGCCGUACUACAACCAGCAGCCGCAGCCGCAGCACCUGCCGCCCCAGGCACAGUACCUGUCGCAGGCCCAGCAGAGGUACCAGGCUCAGCAGGACAUGUCUCAGGAAGGCUAUGGAACCAGAUCUCAACCCCCUAUGGCCCCAGGAAAGCCUAACCAUGAAGACUUGAAUCUAAUCCAGCAAGAAAGACCAUCGAGCUUACCAGUUGAAGUCUUGGCCUCCAAGGAUGCUACAUUUGGACACAAGGAUUUAUCUGGAUCCAUUGACGACUUGCCGACGGGAACUGAAGCAACCCUCAGCUCAGCUGUUAGCGCGUCAGGCUCCACGAGCAGCCAAGGGGAGCAGAGCAACCCUGCACAGUCUCCGUUUUCCCCUCAUGCUUCUCCACAUCUCUCUGGCAUCCCUGGGGGCCCAUCGCCUUCCCCUGUAGGCUCACCCGUUGGAAGCAACCAGUCAAGAUCUGGUCCCAUUUCUCCAGCGAGUAUUCCAGGCAGUCAGAUGCCACCGCAGCCUCCUGGCAGCCAGUCAGAAUCCAGCUCCCACCCUGCCUUGAGCCAGUCACCAAUGCCACAGGACCGAGGUUUUAUGGCAGGCAUACAGAGGAACCCCCAAAUGUCACAGUAUGGACCUCAACAAACUGGACCUUCCAUGUCACCACACCCCUCACCUGGAGGUCAAGUGCAUCCUGGAAUUGGUAGCUUUCAGCAGAGUAAUUCAAGUGGUACUUAUGGGCCUCAGAUGAGCCAGUAUGGACCACAAGGAAACUACUCCAGACCACCGACGUACAGCGGUGUCCCCAACACAAGUUACAGCGGCCCAGGACCUGGCAUGGGUAUAAAUGCCAACAGUCAGAUGCAUGGACAGGGGCCAAGCCAGCCUUGUGGUUCCAUGCCCCUGGGACGGAUGCCAUCAGCUGGGAUGCAGAGCAGACCAUUUCCUGGAAACAUGAGCAGUAUGACCCCCAAUUCUCCUGGCAUGUCUCAACAGGGAGGCCCUGGGAUGGGCCCACCCAUGCCAACUGUGAACCGUAAGGCACAGGAGGCGGCUGCUGCAGUGAUGCAGGCUGCUGCCAACUCCGCUCAGAGCAGGCAAGGCAAUUUUCCUGCCAUGAAUCAGAGUGGGAUUAUGGGCUCCAGCUCCCCCUACACUCAGCCAAUGAACAACAGCUCUGGCCUGAUGAACCCACAGGCUCCUCCUUACAGCAUGGCACCCAACAUGGUGAACAGCUCGGCAGGUAAUGCACCUAUGGGUCUUGCAGAUAUGAUGACACCUGGUGAGUCCAAACUUCCCCUUCCUCUCAAAGCAGAUGGCAAAGAAGAAGGAGCCCCCCAGCCCGAGAGCAAGUCAAAGGAUAGCUACAGCUCUCAGGGUAUUUCUCAGCCCCCAACCCCAGGCAACCUGCCAGUCCCUUCCCCAAUGUCCCCAAGCUCUGCUAGCAUCUCCUCAUUUCAUGGAGAUGAAAGUGAUAGCAUUAGCAGCCCAGGCUGGCCAAAGACUCCAUCAAGCCCUAAAUCAAGUUCCUCUACCACGACUGGAGAGAAGAUCACUAAAGUCUAUGAGCUGGGAAAUGAGCCGGAGCGCAAGCUGUGGGUGGAUCGGUACCUGACGUUCAUGGAGGAGAGGGGCACGCCUGUGGCCAGUCUGCCAGCGGUGGGCAAGAAGCCCUUGGAUCUCUUCAGGCUCUAUGUCUGCGUCAAGGAGAUUGGAGGUUUAGCACAGGUUAAUAAAAACAAGAAGUGGCGUGAGCUGGCAACCACCUUGAACGUUGGCACUUCGAGCAGCGCAGCCAGCUCCCUGAAAAAACAAUACAUUCAGUACCUGUUUGCCUUCGAGUGCAAGAUUGAGCGAGGGGAGGAGCCCCCUCCAGAAGUCUUCAGCACUGGAGAUACCAAGAAACAACCUAAGAUUCAGCCGCCAUCUCCUGCUAAUUCUGGUUCCUUGCAAGGCCCACAGACUCCUCAGUCCACUGGUAGUAAUUCCAUGACAGAAGUGCCAGGCGAUUUGAAGCCCCCAACACCAGCAUCCACACCUCAUGGACAGAUGACACCUAUGCAGGGUGGCAGAAACAGCGCAGUCAGUGUGCAUGAUCCCUUUUCUGAUGUAAGUGAUUCAGCGUUCCCAAAGCGAAACUCCAUGACGCCAAAUGCACCAUACCAGCAGGGAAUAAACAUGCCAGAUAUGAUGGGAAGGAUACCAUAUGAGCCGAAUAAAGAUCCUUUCGGUGGAAUGAGAAAAGUGCCUGGAAGCAAUGAGCCUUUCAUGACCCCUGGACAAAUGCCUAACAGUGGAAUACAAGAUAUGUAUAACCAGAGUCCAUCUGGAGCAAUGUCCAACAUGAGCAUGAGCCAGCGACAGCAGUUCUCUUAUGGAAGUGGCUAUGACAGGAGGCAUGAACCAUAUGGGCAGCAGUAUCCAGGACAAGGACCUCCCUCAGGACAGCCACCAUAUGGAGGACAUCAACCUGGAAUGUAUCCACAGCAGCAGAACUACAAGAGACACAUGGAUGGCAUGUAUGGGCCUCCAGCCAAACGCCACGAAGGGGAUAUGUAUAACAUGCAGUAUGGCAACCAGCAGCAGGAAAUGUAUAACCAGUACGGCAACGCUUACACAGGGCCUGACAGAAGGCCAAUGCAGGGACAGUACCCAUAUCCAUACAACAGGGAAAGGAUGCAGGGCCCAGGACAAAUGCAGCAGCAUGGAAUACCUCCCCAGAUGAUCGGUGGCCCCAUGCAGUCGUCAUCCUCCAGUGAAGGUCCUCAGCAGAACAUGUGGCCAACACGAAAUGAUAUGCCUUACCCUUACCAGAACAGGCAAGGUCCAGGAGGCCCUGCACAGGCCCCUCCGUAUCCAGGGAUGAAUCGCACUGAUGAUAUGAUGGUACCUGACCAGAGGAUAAACCACGAGAGUCAGUGGCCUUCUCAUGUCAACCAACGGCAGCCUUCUUAUAUGUCAUCCUCAGCCUCCAUGCAGCCUAUCACUAGACCUCCUCAGUCAUCCUACCAGACACCACCCUCUAUGCCAAACCACAUCUCCAGAGCUCCAAGUCCAGCAUCCUUCCAGCGCUCUUUGGAAAACCGUAUGUCUCCAAGCAAGUCUCCUUUCCUACCCUCCAUGAAGAUGCAAAAGGUUAUACCCACAGUUCCAGUGUCACAGGUCACAGGACCUCCACCCCAACCACCACCAAUUAGGAGAGAGAUUACCUUCCCCCCAGGCUCUGUAGAAGCAUCCCAACCAGUCUUAAAACCAAGACGAAAGAUUACCUCAAAAGAUAUUGUAACUCCUGAGGCCUGGAGAGUGAUGAUGUCUCUUAAAUCUGGUCUUUUGGCUGAAAGUACCUGGGCGCUCGACACUAUUAAUAUUCUUCUGUAUGAUGACAGCACUGUUGCUACUUUCAACCUCUCUCAGUUGUCUGGAUUUCUUGAGCUUUUAGUAGAAUAUUUUAGAAAAUGUCUGAUUGACAUUUUUGGAAUCCUUAUGGAAUAUGAAGUGGGAGAUCCAGGCCACAAAGCACUUGAUCAUAAAGCAGCCAAGAAAGAUGAUAGUCAGUCCUUGGCAGAGGAUACUGGAAAAGAUGAGAAUGACGAAUGUAUUGACUAUUUUGAUGAAGAUGAGGAGGAGGGGGAGGAUGAAAAGGUAGAAGGAGAAGAAAAGAGCAUUGUUUUUUCUACUCCUGGUGCCAUUGCUGAUCCAAGUGAGAGGCCAAAACAAGCCAGUAAAUUUGACAAGCUGCCAAUAAAGAUUGUAAAGAAAAAUAAUCUAUUUGUUGUUGACCGAUCUGACAAACUUGGACGCGUUCAGGAAUUUGAUAGUGGACUUCUCCACUGGCAGCUUGGUGGUGGUGACACAACUGAGCAUAUCCAGACUCACUUUGAAAGCAAGAUGGAGAUUCCACCACGCAGGAAAGCCCCUCCUCCCUUGAACUCUCCAAGCAAAAAGAAGGACCUCGAGGGGAAAGGCGAAUCUGAGGAGCAGCAAGAAAAGAGUAUAACAGCAACCAUUGAUGAUGUCCUCUCAGCUCGGCCAGGGGCACUACCUGAAGACUCAAACUCUGGUUCCCAAACAGAGAGCAGUAAAUUUCCCUUCGGGAUCCAUCAAGCCAAAAGCCACCGGAAUAUUAAACUGCUAGAGGAUGAGCCAAGGAGCCGGGAUGAGACUCCUCUAUGCACCAUAACUCACUGGCAAGACUCCUUGGCCAAACGCUGCAUCUGUGUGUCAAAUAUCGUCCGUAGCUUGUCUUUUGUGCCUGGCAAUGACACCGAAAUGUCCAAACAUCCAGGCUUGGUGCUGAUACUGGGAAAGUUGAUCCUUCUUCACCACGAGCAUCCAGAAAGAAAGCGAGCACCGCAGACUUACGAGAAAGAGGAAGAGGAGGACAAAGGGGUGGCCUGCAGCAAGGAUGAGUGGUGGUGGGACUGCCUCGAGGUCUUGAGGGAUAAUACAUUGGUCACAUUAGCCAACAUUUCUGGGCAGCUAGACUUGUCUGCUUAUACGGAAAGCAUCUGUUUGCCAAUUUUGGAUGGCUUGCUGCACUGGAUGGUGUGCCCGUCUGCAGAGGCACAGGAUCCUUUUCCAACCGUGGGGCCCAACUCAGUUCUUUCGCCUCAGAGACUUGUGCUGGAGACCCUGUGUAAGCUCAGUAUCCAGGACAAUAAUGUGGACCUUAUCUUGGCCACCCCCCCAUUCAGCCGUCAGGAGAAACUCUACGCUACUUUAGUUAGGUACGUUGGGGACCGCAAAAACCCGGUCUGCCGAGAAAUGUCCAUGGCGCUCCUAUCGAACCUUGCCCAGGGGGACACAUUAGCAGCAAGGGCAAUAGCUGUGCAGAAAGGAAGCAUUGGAAACUUGAUAAGCUUCCUGGAGGAUGGGGUCACUAUGGCCCAGUACCAGCAGAGCCAGCAUAACCUCAUGCACAUGCAGCCUCCGCCUCUGGAGCCGCCUAGCGUAGACAUGAUGUGCAGGGCAGCCAAGGCCUUGCUGGCCAUGGCGAGAGUGGACGAGAACCGCUCCGAGUUCCUUUUGCACGAGGGUCGUUUGCUGGAUAUCUCAAUAUCUGCUGUCCUGAACUCUCUGGUUGCAUCUGUCAUCUGUGAUGUACUUUUUCAGAUUGGGCAGUUAUGACAUAAGUGAGAAGCCAAGCAUGUGUGAGUGGAGAUUAGAGGGUCACAUAUAACUGGCUGUUUUCUGUUCUUGUUUAUCCAAUGUAGGAAGAAGGAAAAAAAAAGAAUCUUUGCUCCUCUGCCCCAUUCACUAUUUACCAAUUGGGAAUUAAAGAAAUUAUUAAUUUGAACAGUUAAGAAAUUAAUAUUUGCUGUCUAUGUGUAUAAGUACAUCUUUUUAUUUUAUUUUUUUUAACCAAAGUUGCUGUCUAGUACAUUCAAAGGUCACACUUUUUUUCCCAUAGAUUAUCCUUUUCAAUGUUCUUUUCCAUGUUUGUAUUGCAUAUUUUUUGGGAAGCGAACUAGUGACUUUUUAAAAAAAAUGUUAUGGCAAACCAUUGUAUGAUGGGGAAAAAAAUCUCACCACUUUGAAACAAAAAGGUGAAAAAUAACCAACAUACCAAGUUCCUGUGUGUUUUAUUUUUUCAGAUAAGGAAAAAAUAAAAAAAAACUUGUAUACCAUCACCCAAAGCUCUGUGCAAUAGAAGAUUCUAGUGAUGUAGGUAUAGGGGAUCAAGGAGGGUGUCAGUCAGUAGUCAAAAUCCAAAACAAUACUGAUUUCUCCUCAGGAGAAAUGGUUAUAUUAGGCUAGGAGCAAAACAAAACAAAAUAAGUCAAGUUAAAAGAUUUUUAAACAAAACCUGAAGUUAAACAUCAAUUGCUUCCUCACCAGAACUGUCUUGUCUACAUCUUUUUUUUUUUUUUGACCUUCCACAAUGACAGUUCUUCACAAUUCCUUUAAUCAUUUUUUAAAAUAUUUUUUUAUUGCCUAAGGGCCGUGAUGUAUAUAGAAGUUGUACAUGAAACAUACCCUCAUUUUUUUUUUGAGUACAAAGUUUUUAGUUUCUUUUUCAUGAUGUGGUAUCUACAAAGUGAUAGUAGAAUUAUUUUUUUUUCUUUCAUUUGGGCCAUAUCUCCAAAAAAUAAUAAAAAAAAAAGAAAAAAGAAAAAACCCAACACAGAAAACCAACAACUGAGGGUAAUGUACAAGUUUCUGUAUGUAUAAAGUCAUGCUCUAUUUCGGGAGAGCAGCCGAUCACAAUUUGCUUUAUAAAUCAAGGUGUGGAAAUGGUUACGUAUGGAUUGAUUUAAGAAAAUGGUUACCAGUCUACAGACAAAAAAUAUAUACAGGAAGAAAAAAAAGGAAGAAACACAACUUCAAAGAUUUUUCAGUGACAAGAAUCUGCAUUUGUAUUUCAAGAUAAUGUAGUUAAAAAAGAAAAAACUUGAUGUAAAUUCCUCCUUUUCCUCUGGCUUAAUGAAUUUCAUUUAUUCAGUAUAAAAUCUUUAUAUGUUCCACAUGUUAAGAAUAAAUGUACAUUAAAUCUUGUUAA